GGCGCCUCCUCCUCACAGGUUAAACAUUGAUUUGUUGUGUGCCGGCUUGUGAAUCGCGUUUACAUUCGCACUUUGCUUCGUUGUGCAUAGCAGAACCUGGGAUUUGGAGUCGGUUUCUGUUAAAUCUUGCUGCGUGAGUUUCCACUGUCUGGAUGAAAUUUUCUGUUUCACUUCUUGGUUCUUGUUUUUCGGGACUGACUUUGUCUCUGGUUCUUUAUCAUCAUUAUUUGACAUCAGUUCCCAUUAACGUAGGUAACUGCAACUUGGAAAUAUGAUUACCUUCAUGGACGGCUCAGAUAGUGAGGAAGAGCAGGAGUGCAAUGAGAGAACAUCACUGAUUGCAUCUGAAAGCCCGCAACUUCCUUCUUAUCAAGAUGGACCACAGGCUACAGAAGAACCUUCUGCUAUAAGGAAACAGUACAGGGGUACCACACAAGUGCUGGGAGAUGCAUCGAAUGGGGAGACCUCAGGAGCGGCAGCCUCUGUCAGGGAAGUUCCAACGGACAGUGAAGAAGAAGAACUGACACUUAAAUAUGGGGCUAAACAUGUUAUAAUGCUCUUCGUGCCGGUCACGCUCUGUAUGGUGGUAGUGGUUGCAACAAUAAAAUCAGUCAGCUUCUACACUGAAAAAAAUGGACAGUUAAUCUACACACCUUUCUCUGAAGAUACUCCAUCUGUUGGGCAAAGGCUUCUAAACUCUGUAUUGAAUACAAUUAUUAUGAUAAGUGUUAUCCUUGUGAUGACUAUAUUCUUGGUGUUACUGUACAAGUAUCGCUGCUAUAAGUUCAUUCACGGAUGGCUCAUUCUCUCAUCUUUGAUGCUACUUUUUAUGUUUACAUACAUAUAUCUUUGUGAAGUUUUCAAGACGUACAAUGUGGCAAUGGACUAUCCAACCUUGUUCUUGGUCAUCUGGAAUUUUGGGGCAGUGGGAAUGAUCUGCAUUCACUGGAAAGGCCCUCUUCAGCUACAACAGGCUUAUCUUAUCAUGAUCAGUGCUCUUAUGGCCCUUGUUUUCAUCAAGUAUUUGCCAGAGUGGUCAGCUUGGGUAAUUCUAGGAGCCAUAUCUGUUUAUGACUUGAUGGCUGUAUUGUGCCCAAAAGGCCCUUUGAGGAUGUUGGUGGAGACUGCACAGGAAAGAAACGAGCCUAUAUUUCCAGCAUUAAUAUAUUCUUCUGCCAUGGUGUGGAUUGUGGGGAUGGCAGAUUCUGACAGUACAAAUCAAAGAAUAAAUCGACAUUCAGAAGAAGCAUCAGAAAGUGCAAACCACAUAUCACAAGAAGACACAGAAGCUCCAGGGCCUCAGUUUCAGACACCUAACAAUAGGAUUACAAUGUCAGAUGAUGGAGAUGAAGAAAGAGGAGUAAAGCUUGGUCUUGGAGAUUUCAUAUUUUACAGUGUGCUUGUAGGAAAAGCUGCAGCAACCGCAAGUGGGGACUGGAAUACCACACUAGCCUGUUUUGUUGCCAUUUUAAUAGGGUUAUGUCUGACGCUGUUGCUCCUGGCAGUAUUCAAGAAAGCUCUCCCCGCUCUCCCAAUCUCAAUAACGUUUGGGCUGGUGUUCUACUUCUCCACAGAUAACAUUGUGCGGCCUUUCAUGGACACUCUAGCCUCCCACCAGAUGUACAUUUGAUAGAUAACACCAUGUGCACGGAGGCUCUGCGCACUUUUUUGUAAUCCUAAAGCUAAGGCCUCUUGCACACGACCGUAUGGCUUUUUCAGUAUUUGGCAGUCCGCAAAAAAACGGAUCUGCAAAAAAAUACGGAUGACGUCCGUGUGCAUUCCGUUUUUUGCGGAACGGAAGAGCUGGCCCCUGAUAGAACAGUACUAUCUUUGUCCGUUAUGCGGACAAUAAUAGGACAUAUUCUAUCUUUAAACGGAAAUAAGGAAACGGAGGGCAUACGGCGUACCUUUGUUUUUUUGGUUUGGCUUUUAUUGCGGAUCCAUUGAAAUGAAUGGUUCCGUAUACGGAAAGUAAACGAAACAAAUACCUUCAUGUGCAAAAGGCCUAAGUCUUUUAAGAAGGAAAAGAACUGGACGGACUUUAUUG